UGCGCGUGCGCAGUCGGGCCGGGGCCUUGGCGGCGGUGGUUGCUGCUGGAGUCACGAGUGGUUUCCGCUGGGUUAUCCUGUGUGUUUAUCUCCUUUUUCCUCCACGUUCAUAAGGGUUGAUACAGCCAGCUACCCCGUGGAGUUUUCACUUUCAGUUUUAAGGUCGCCGUGUUUGUUGGGGUUUUUUUGUGCUGUUUAAACUAAAAGCAUGAGCGAUAACGAUGACAUCGAGGUGGAAAGCGACGCAGACAAACGAGCACACCACAAUGCAUUGGAACGUAAACGCAGAGAUCAUAUCAAAGACAGCUUUCACAGUUUACGUGACUCCGUACCAUCACUCCAGGGCGAAAAGGCAUCCCGUGCCCAAAUCUUAGAUAAAGCCACAGAGUACAUUCAGUAUAUGAGGCGGAAAAACCACACACAUCAACAGGACAUCGACGACCUGAAGCGACAGAAUACUCUGCUCGAGCAGCAAGGUAAGGUACGUGCAUUGGAAAAGGCACGGGCAGCUGCUCAGCUACAAGCCAACUUUUCAUCCUCUGACAGCAGUUUGUACACCAAUCCCAAGGGCAGUGCAGUUUCUGCUUUUGACGGGGGUUCUGACUCAACUUCAGAGUCGGAAACUGAAGAACCGCAGACCAGAAAGAAACUGCGAAUGGAGGCAAGCUGAGUCUGUUCAGGCAAUAAACUGGCUGGUUUUUACUAGGGAUUCUUGUGUAUAGCUAUACUUUUCAGUUUGUCUUCUGUCAGACCCCUUUGUGCUAUAAGGAUCAUAACAAGAUGCUGCUAAAUGGAUAGCUUCUUGUUUCAUCAGUAGAAGGACUCCCUGCUCUUCCUCGAAGUUACAAAAUGGCAGCUGUCAAACUAUUAAGGACUCCGUCUUCUGUGAAAGGAACUUUGCAGUAGUUCUUAAGACUUAUUCACUUGGCAUCCAGUGGACAAAAAGAUUAGUCUCAAUGAUAUGCUAUUGAAAGAAUAAGGAAGCAAGGCACAUGUUAUUUGAUGUUGUUAAUCUGUACAGUUGUAUUUCAAACUAUUUGCUGAUAUGACUAGUUUCUAAAUCUUGUUUUGAGAGCUUUUUUCCUUUAUUCAAUUAUGAAACGUUCACUGAAACUUGGCUUUAAAGUCUGACUUUAGUCCAGUUGCAUUUCAUUUUUUCCCACUGUGUUUAAGAUUAAAGUACUCAAAUAUUCUGUGCCUUGAAUUACUUUUGUGACGCUACAAAAAAAAUGAUGGAACAGCUUAAGUGCCCCUAAAAGAAUGUUUGAUGAUACUGAAAUGGCAACUGUCAGUACAUCCAAAAAGGGUAUGUUAAGUUUAUGUUUUAGCAGGUAAUGAAAUAAUUGUAUUUAAGCCUUGGUCUGCAUAAUACAAAUUACAUUGAUUUGCAAAACUGCUAAUUAUUGAUGUUUGAACAAUCAACUGGCUGUCAGGCACCGUUCAGGCUGUGUCAGGGGUGCGUACAUUUGUCUGUCUCUGCUUUUCAAUUACUGGUCUAAGCUUAAACUAGGUUGUAGUAUUACGUAGAUUUGUCUCUUUGUUGUUAUUUGAUUUCAUUCCAUGGAAAUUACAGGUAUGUUGUACAUACUGCCAAGAAAUGUCUUGCAAGUUGAGGCUGACCUUUACUAUGAGACUAUAAAUAAAAACUAUUUUAUCCUUGUUA